CUCCUAAUCUUCAAGCAUUUUUUUCUUCUGAUUUUUCACAUGCAAAAGAGCUUCCCGUACGAUCAUUAGAUUCUUCGUAAUCCGACGGCUUAUAUUUACUUGCAUCUUGCGGACCUUCCCGCAUUUUAUACUCUUGAGCUCGCCUUUAAGUAGUGUCUUUUUCGCUCUCUUUCGUUUAGUGUCCACUGUCUGUCUCUGUUUUCUUUGUGAUGGAGGACUCUUUUUCUUCUAUUUCUCGAUGGCUUCCGCUAAUCUUAAUUUUCAUGAGUCUAUUGACCGUACGGGCUCAGCUCCCCGGCACGUGGGAACUCCUCGUCCCAAACGCUGGCAUAGCCUCCAUGCACACGGCGGUUACUCGUUUCAACACAGUCGUUCUUUUGGACCGGACCAAUAUCGGGCCAUCUCGCAAAUUGCUACCCAAAAGCCGCUGCCGUUACGACCCUAACGACGCCGUCCUCAAAAAGGACUGUUUCGCUCAUUCCGUUGUUUUCGACCCGCAAACCAACCAAAUCCGACCGCUGAUGAUCCUCACCGACACUUGGUGUUCAUCAGGACAGUUCCUCCCUGACGGGACACUUUUACAAGCUGGAGGAGACUUGGACGGGUUUAGAAAGAUUCGGAAAUUCGAACCUUGUGAAUCCGACGGGUUUUGCGAUUGGGUGGAGCUGGGAGACGUGGAAUUAGUUAAUGGCCGAUGGUAUGCAACGAACCAAAUAUUACCGGACGGAACUGUAAUUAUCGUCGGAGGGAGAGGAACGAACACCGUUGAGUAUUUUCCGCCGAGUAAAAACAAAAACGGCGCCAUCGAACUGAAAUUCCUUGCUGACGUUGAAGAUAAUCAAAUGGACAAUUUAUACCCUUACGUCCACCUUCUUCCCAACGGUCACCUUUUCAUCUUCGCCAAUAACAAGGCAGUGAUGUACGACCACAAUGGCAAUAAUGUAAUUCGGGAAUACCCAGCAUUAUCGGGGGGCCCACGGAAUUAUCCCUCAGCGGGAUCGUCGGUGAUGUUAGCACUUGAAGGUGAUUUUUCAACGGCUGUGAUUGUUAUCUGCGGUGGAGCCCAAUACGGAGCUUUCAUCGAGAGGAGUACUGAUACCCCAGCGCAUGGAAGCUGUGGGCGCAUUGUAGCAACUGAUCCAAAGCCGGGUUGGGAAAUGGAGGAUAUGCCAUUCGGGCGGAUCAUGGGAGAUAUGGUGUUGCUUCCCACAGGUGAUUCGUUGAUCAUCAAUGGAGCUCAGGCCGGGACCCAAGGUUUCGAGAUGGCUUCCAACCCGUGUUUAUACCCAGUUCUUUACCGACCCGAUCAACCAGUUGGUUUACGGUUUAUGACUUUAAACCCGGGAACGGUUCCCAGAAUGUACCAUUCGACCGCCAACUUGUUACCUGAUGGUCGGGUUUUAAUAGCGGGUAGUAACCCGCAUUAUUUUUAUAAAUUCUCUGCUGAAUUUCCAACGGAAUUGAGGCUCGAAGCAUUUUCCCCAGAGUAUUUAUCUCCGGAUCGGGCCAAUAUUCGACCCGUAAUCGAGGGGAUUCCCGAAACGGUACGCUACGGUGAGGCGUUCGAUGUUUUCGUAUCGGUUUCGUUGCCGGUUGUGGGAAUUGUGGAAGUUAAUUUUGGGAGCGCGCCUUUUGCCACGCAUUCUUUUUCACAGGGCCAGAGGUUGGUCAAACUCACCGUUACGCCAUCGGUUCCAGAAAACGGUCGGUACAGAAUUAAAUGUACGGCGCCGCCAAAUGGAGCGGUUGCUCCGCCGGGUUAUUAUAUGGCAUUUACUGUUAACCAGGGCGUGCCAAGUGUCGCACGCUGGGUUCACUUGGUUCCUUAAAUUGUUUAAACACUUUUUUUUUUAAUUUAUUGUUGACAAAUAUUGCGAAAGAUUUGCAAUUGUAUUAAUUUUUCCAUGUCUUAAAAUUUUGUUUUAAUAUUUAAAUAUAUCCAAGAACAUAAG